AUGGACUUGGAAUCCGAUCAUUCGAGUUCUCCCUCGAUUGAUGAUGAAGGUUUAGGCGGAGGAGGUGUUGGUGCUGUCACCGAAGACUUCGUUCAUGUGGACGACGGCGCCGCCGGUGGCGCUGAUAGCAGCUUUUUUGGGGAAGCGAGUAUGGUUGGAAGUGAGUGGCGCGGUGAGGGGAAUGAUGAUUUCUUAUCCAGGAGUGGUAUUGGCGGUGAGGCCGAUGGUGAUGGUGGUGAUGAGGCGGCCGUUUUACAUGAUGGCGGGGUUGCUAGAGGAGGAGAGGAGGACGUUGAAGAGAGGAAGGAGUUGCCGGAGGAGCUGGCGAGGAGGAUUGUGAAGCUAACCUGUGAUACCACGGCUGCCGGAGGGGGUAUUUGCGAUGUUUAUUUAGUUGGCACGGCUCAUGUUUCUACAGAAUCAUGUGAAGAAGUUCAGACCGUGAUCAGUUUCUUAAAACCACAGGUUGUUUUCAUAGAGUUAUGCUCGAGUCGUAUAACUAUACUUCGACCACAGAAUUUAAAGGUAGCCAGCCAGCUAGAAGUUUUUCCGGGUGCUGAGUUUCGUGUUGCAUUUGAGGAAGCAAUGAAAUAUGGAGGCAAGGUUAUACUUGGUGAUCGUCCAGUUCAAAUAACGUUGCGGAGGACGUGGGCAAAAAUGCCUCUUUGGCACAAGACCAAAUUGAUUGCUUCUAUGCUCUUCCAAGCAGUUUCCUUGCCCAGCCCAAAGGAUUUCUCUAGAAUGCUGAAGGAGAUGGAUGAUGCUGACGUGUUAACUCUUUGUGUUCAGGAGAUGAGCAAAACAUUCCCUACCCUCAUGGAAACCCUUGUGCAAGAGCGAGAUAAGUACAUGUCUUCCACACUUCUAAGAGUUGCUAGCAAGCAUAGUUCGGUUGUAGCUGUUGUUGGAAAGGGGCAUAUCCCUGGAAUAAAGAAAUACUGGAAGCAGCCUGUUGAGGUAAAUGAAUUAUUGACCAUACCUACACGCAAAAGCUUAGCGUCCAUGGGCAGGAUAUUGACAACUGUUGGAGUUACAGUAGCCGGGGCAGCAAUAGUUUCCGGCGUUUAUCUCUCGAUCAAGAAAUAG